AUGAAGUUUGCCACGGUCGCCGCUACAGCAUUGCUGCCUCUCGCAUAUGGCUUCACCAAGGAUGACUACGAUUCUGGUCGUGUCAUGGCUAAAAUGAUGGAGGCCAAAGAGUCAGCAUGGGCCAAGCACAAGGCUGCCGGUGAAUACGACAACAAGAAGUGGAACGGCUUUGACAAGAAGCGUCCCAACAAGGAUGUCAUCAAGUGCAAGAACGGCAAGGCCGAGGCCGUGAAAGGUGACGCCGACCAAACGUACAAGUGCAAGGACAUCGACAUGUACGAUUUCAAGACGCAUGAAGAGCUUGGUAGCGUCGAUGGUGAGGGAUCGGGAUCUUGGGGGUGGACUCACAAAGGUCGCGACUUCAUUGCCAUCGGACAAACCGACGGCGCGGCUUUCGCUGAAGUCACCAAGCAGGGCAAGCUUGUCUACCUUGGACGCUUGCCCGCCCAAGCAAGCCCCGUCAUCUGGCGUGAGAUCAAGGUCAGCGGCGACUACCUCGUCGUUGGCUCCGAGGGCGUGAACCACGGGGUGCAGAUCUUCGAUAUGAAGAAGCUGCUCAAGAUCGAUCCCAAGAAGCCCACGACAUUCAACACAUCGACUGAUCUCACCGGUCUGUUCACCGACUACCUCGAGGUCGGCCGAUCUCACAAUGUUGUCGUAAACUUUGAGAACGGCAACGCCUUUGCGGUCGGUGCUCAGCCUCGCAACUCAACCUGUGCUUCGGGAAUCAUCUUCAUCGAUAUGAAGAACCCGGCGAAGCCUACUUCUCCUGGAUGUGCCUCUGCUGAUGGCUACGUCCACGACGCACAGUGCGUCAUCUAUCGCGGCCCGCACAAGAAGUACUGGGGCAAGGAAAUCUGCUACGGCUACAACGAGGACACGCUCACCAUCUACGACGUGACCAACAAAAAGGGUACCAACGCCGGCAAAGUCAUCUCUCGCACCCCCUACAAGGGCGCAUCCUACACGCACCAGGGCUGGGUGCUUGAUCUGAACUGGCAAACCCAUCUCAUCAUGGACGAUGAGCUCGACGAGGGCGAAAUUGCUCCCGCCCGCACCGAUCCCGAAUCCCCCGCCAUCGACGGCUUCCCCGUAACCUACAUCUUCGACAUCUCGAACCUCGAGAAGCCCGUCAACACGGGCUACUACAAGUCUUCCGUGCGCUCCGUCGACCACAACCAGUUUGUCUACGACGGCCUCGCAUACCAGUCCAACUACCAAGCCGGCCUGCGCGUUCUUGACGUCUCCGGUAUCCCGCGCGACCCCACUGGCGGAAACGUCAAGGAAAUUGCCUACUUCGAUGUGUACCCCGGUGACGAUGAUCUGCCCGGCGGUGGCCAGGCGAUCUGGGAUUUCGGCACCUGGAGCCACUACACCUUCCCGAGUGGGUGGAUUGUGGUCAACACCAUUGACAGGGGUGCAUUUGUGGUGAAGCUGAGCAAGUUCAAGGGGCGGGGGCAUGGCAAGAGGUGGGUGAAGCCUAGGACCAUCAGGUAG